AUGUGGGACCCUCUGCCCUUGAGUGGGUCUCUCUGUCCUGGAGUGAGACUCUCUGCCCUGGAGUGGGAUUCUCUGCCUAGAGUGGGUCAGUGGGAUUCCCUGUCCUGGAGUGGGACUCUUUGCUCUGCUCAGGAGUUGGACUCUAUGGCCUAUGCCCUGGGACUCCCCUCCCUGGCGUUUGGCAGCGAGAAAUUGAAGCAAGAGUUUCUUGUGCCGAGCAUCAGUGGGGAGUUUGUGGCAUGCAUCGGCGUGAGCGAGCCUCAUGCUGGCUCUGAUGUUGCAAGCAUCAAGACGACAGCAAAGCGUGUUGGUGAUGACCUCAUCAUCAACGGCUCGAAGAUGUGGAUCACGAACGGCACUCAGGCAGACUGGAUGUGCUGCUUAGCCAACACAUCCACUGACAAGAAACCACAUCUCAACAAGAGCCUCAUUUGUCUGCCUCUCAAGACUCCUGGCGUACACGUUGCUCGCAAGAUCAGCAAGCUGGGCAUGCACAGCUCUGACACCGCCGAGCUUUUCUUCGAUGACGUGCGGGUGCCUGCAACCUACAUCAUAGGGGAGGAGGGGCAGGGCUUCACCUAUCAGAUGAUGCAGGUACGUGGCCCACAUCAUAGGGGAGGAGGGGCGUGGCUUCACCUAUCAGAUGAUGCAGACCUGUACGAGGGGGGAGCAGAUGUGCUGGCGCUGGCGUCGAUGGCUAAGCUGAAGGGCGGGCGGCUGGGCAGGGAGGUGGCCGACGCCUGCCUCCAGUACUGGGGCGGCAUGGGCUACACCGACGAGGUCAGGGGCAGCUAUUUAACUUCAUUUAAUUGAACAAAU